GAGCUUUCAAACCCAGACACGGACGUCGGGACCAAGAAAAUGUCAAAAUUGGCGUCCAUCUCGAUAGAACUUUGACCUCUUCAACAUGCUGCCGAGUCGUAGAAGAUAUGUUGAAGUAUCUGUUGUAUCAGCGGCAUCAGAUUCCUGUUCAGUAUGACAUACUCGUGCGAGAGGCGUCGAUGGUCGAGAAAGAAUGUAACGAGACUGAAGGAUAUAACUCGAACGAGAUGGAAUGUUCAAAUCAUAAGAAAGCAACCAUGAGUCCAUCAGCAUAUGAAGAAGACACCUUCAAGGUGUAUCAAUCAAAACAGGAAAGGAUGAAGCUGAAACAGAAAAGAAAGAGGCUGCGGUGGUUAGAAAAGGUGAAGAAACUUAUAUACGACUAUAAUAUGAUCAUACAGAAAGUACGGAGUGAAAUAGAAAAAGGAGAUGUUGCUGCUGUUGGCUUUGUCAUAGGAAGUUCUGUAGUAACAAGUAAAGAAUUUUUUUCCAUAAACUUCCCACAUGAUUAUGCAGUAGCUGGUUCUGAUGCAGGAAGUGACCGACAUGUUCUCCUGCAGUUCUUCAGAGCUUUUGUUACCAAUGAGGAUUUAGUCAAAGUGGUAAGUCGCCCUUGUAGUAUCCAGAAGCUUUGGGUGAUGCUGCAGAAGUUUGAGGCACCAACUCCAUCCUCAACUAAUGUUUUUAGAACUGAAGAGAGCACUCAGACCUAUUCUGAAGUUUGUGAUCUCAUUCCUCGCUGUAACUUCUCUCCAAGCCGGCGUACCCGCAUAGUCAAAAUAGCUGUAACUCAUAAAUCUCCUCUAGGAUCUCCCAUGGAGCUGACUCCAAGUAUAGGAAAACUGGUCUCUCAGUGCGCUUUCAAAUCCAGUAGAAAAAAUUCAAGCAAACGAUCUCUGGUUUUCGGCAUCAACAAUGUAUCUAAGCGUUAUUCUUUCUCGAAUGAUACGGCCAACCAUAGCCAUUCGCAAGACUUGGGAGUCACACCAGUUUCUGUUGAGAAAAGAGUUCCGACUAAAAGUUUCCCUCCAGUUAACAACUUCAGUGAUAGUGUAGAUAUGGACGACUCCAUGUCAGUUUGUAGCGGACCUGGACUACCAGGACUAGUGACGCCAAGGAAUAUUCUCAAAGGACCUGAACCCAUAAUAGAAACUCCCACAGUAUCCUCCCACAUCACGAGUGUUCAUUCUACAUCUACUGCUUCACCAAGUAGACUGCUAGCUUCCCGUAUGAGUAACUUCAACAUUUCUGAUGCCUGGAAUGACAAGUUCUCCAUCGGAAGAACAGACUGUUAUGUGGUACCAAGUUGAUCAUUCCAUCAAGGGUUUUAAAGAUAUAUGUUUUAGAUAGUUGUAAGUACGUAUUUUUCUGUUAUUUUGGGGAGUUAGAAAAUUAAAAGACAUAUUAUGAAGAGGCUAUGCUUGUCACUCUUCAUAAUUACUUUGCAUGUCUUCAAUAGACAAUGACUAAAGUCAUAUUGAAGUAUAUCCAUUUGGAUAUUUUAAUUGUAAAAUUGUAGAAUUUAGAUAUUAAAUUCUCAAUAUUAAGAAAUUUUAGUUACUUGUGCAAUAUUUGCAUAGAAUACAUAAAUAAAAUUUGUUUUGACAAGCUGUAUAUUUUUUAACAUAUAUAUGACAGCUGCAAUGUAACUGCCUUUUAUAAAAUAGCAUAAAGAGAUACUCAUUGAA